GUGAACGCAACCCCACCACGCUGUCUUAGCGGUAUAUUUGGAUUCGUUCGGUUUCCAAAUCAGGGAAGAUGGGAGACGAUCUGGGCGACGACUGGUGGACACAAGGGGGGAAUUCAGAUGCAUCUGAGUCGGAGGAGGAGACAAAACGAGAGAAACGGCCCCGCGAGGAAAUAAAGACGCAGCCAGAGAAGAGGAAGAGGAAUGUAGCAGAGAAAACCAACAAGGCCAAGAAAAAGAAGAAAACUCACGUGCAGGAGGAGGCUGCAGGUCCUCCAGAGAACGAGACGGAGAACAAGUCCUCUCAGCCCCAGAAGAAGAGGAAGAAGAAGAAGAAGAAAACGAUCACAGAUGUGUUGGCGGCGUCCGAGCCGAAGCCGGGCCGUCCGGCCGACCUGCAGGACCUGCUGGCGCAGUAUUUCUCAGACAAGCGCUCGGUCAUCGAGCAGGAGGAGCUGAAGCUGCAGGACUCCUGCUUCCUGUCCAGCAACGACCUGUCACACACCCUGUCCUCCUACCUGAAGCAGGUCUGUCCCAAGUGGGCCAAGAUCCAGAAGCAGCACGGCGAGAAGAGCUCGGUGGUCCUGCUGGUGGUCUGCAGCUCCGCACUCCGAGCCAUCGACCUCAUCAAGCAGCUGACCACCUUCAAGGGGGAAGCCAGAGUCAUCAAGCUGUUUGCCAAGCACAUCAAGAUCGAGGAGCAGGUGAAGCUGCUGCAGAGAGGAGUCACUCAUGUGGGAGUGGGAACGCCGGGCCGGAUCAGCGCGCUCAUAGAGAAAGAGGGUUUGAGCCUGCAGGCCUUGAGGUUCCUGGUUCUGGACUGGAACUGGAGGGACGUGAAGCUCAGGAGGAUGGCGGACAUUCCCGAGAUCAAGCUGGACCUCCUGAAGCUGCUGGAGAGCGGCGUCCUGGCCGCGUGCAGAGAAAACAGAAUCAAAGUCGGACUCUUUUAAAACCUGCAGCUGAUGGAAACGUUCCCCGCCGCGCCUCGUCCUCUUUCUUUUCCUCGUGUGUGAAUUCUCUACUCUGCUUUUUUUUAAAAACAUUUUCCGAGCCUGUAUGAAGUGAAACGCAUGCCGCUGCUGUUUGUUCGCUCUUGUAGCUCGACUCAACGUCGGCGCGUGACGGGUUGAAUAAACGGACUCGGAGAGAAAAGCAC